GCGGCCACGAAAAGGUUGUGUACCUUGCGCUCUCAAAAUUCUUACGGUGAAAACGGACACAGGAUUAAUGGAUUUAAUUCAAAAAAGGAAUACGGGAAAAAUGUGGAAUCUUUACUUGACAUAUCGGCCAAAGUUGUGGCGGAAAAUAUACCAUUUCAACGGAUUGAACAGCAAUACGAUCGGAUACCCGAGCCAGUUCAAAAUAGGAUAGUAUAUUGGUCUUUUCCCCGGAAUGAACGCGAUAUUUGUAUGUAUUCAUCUUAUGCACAUUCAGUGAAGGACAGCUGCGAAAGCCAAAAGUUGCCUUUUUAUCAAGGGAUUAAAUUAUUAGAAAGUGGUGCUGUUGGAAAUGUUUUACAAAUAGGUUUUCAUUUGAGCGGUACAGUAACUGAGGCGGCCAAUCCGUUAUUUUCCGAGCCUGAGAAGCCUAUAAAGGUGUCUAUAAGUUUUGAUAGAUGUAAAAUAACGUCAGUAAAAUGUGGUUGUGGUAAUAAAGAUAUAUUUUGGUGUCAGCACGUUGUGGCCUUGUCUCUGUAUCGUAUUAGAAAAGCCAAGAUUGUGGAAUUACGGGUCCCUAUAUCAGAAACUUUAUUACAAAUGAAUCGUGAACAGUUACAGAAAUUUGCGCAGUAUUUAAUAUCAGAACAUCACACAGAGGUUCUUCCCACAGCUCAAACAAUUGCUGAUGAAAUUCUUCAAGCAAAAUCAGAGAUUAAUUUAUUACCAGGUGCCCCUGAUCCAACGGCCGGAGCAUCUGUAGAUGAUGAUAAUAGUUGGCAUCUUGAUGAAGAGCAGGUUCAGGAACAAGUUCGAUCAUUUUUAUCUCAGGGAGUUUAUCUACAUGCCUCAAAUCAACUUAAUUCAAUGUUUGCCAAGGUGCGGGAAAUGUUACGAGCAAGAGAUUCUAAUGGAGCGCGGAUGUUAACGUUAAUUACAGAACAGUUUCUAGCUGAUCCUCGUUUAUCUGUGUGGAAAACACAAGGAACAUCUAUGAGUGACAAAUGUCGACAAUUAUGGGAUGAAUUAGGGGCACUAUGGGUGUGUGUGGUAUUAAAUCCCAACAGUUCAACUCUAGAAAAACAACACUGGCAUGUAUUAUUAGAACAGUGGUCUAUGAAUGGUUUAUGUCCACUAGAAGAUGCUGACAGUCGACAGAUGCCUGAUGUUCCCCUAACUCGAGAUUUAUUAAUGGGUGAUGGACAUAGUUCCUUCCAGCAAACACCUCGUCCUCGUCCAAGAACGGUCUUCCAUAGAUCACUAGAAGCUAGUCAAUUAACAUGGGAUAAUCAACAUCUGCAGAAUAUCCUCAAAUCAUCUUAUCCAUCAGAAGAUGAUUCCGAACAUUGCCAAGAUUUAUUUGAUUCUAGUGGACUUCCAUUAUGGCAUGAGCAUAUUCCAACUGCUUGUGCACGUGUCGAUGCAUUAAAGUCACAUGGUUAUACAAGAGAAGCUUUACGAUUGGCUGUUACAAUUGUACGAACAAUGCAAGCAGAACAGCUGAUUAACUUAGAGAGAAACAAGACUCGAUCAGGGAGUUCAAGGUCCUGUAGCUCUCGCACAUCAAGGUCACCACCACCAUCUAAUGCUGAAGGUUGGGUAGGACAUCCAUUAGAUCCUGUAGGUGUUUUAUUUGAUACGUUGAUUGAAGCUUGUACAUCUCCAAGUGACGACAAUAGAAUAGAUUGGGGAGUGCGGAACAGUAAUUCAAACAGCACUAAUAAUAAUGGAGAAUCUUCUAGCCAAUCAUCAUCCAGAUAUCAUCAUGGUCCGUUACCAGGCAACAUGGAUAAUAAUGAAUCUUACCUCACUCUCGCCAUGGAAGUUGGUCUGAUUGGUCUCGGUCAACAAAGAAUCAUGCCUCCAGGUCUUUAUGCUCAGGAAAAAUCUUGUAAACAAGAAGAAAAAUUAUUGUCAAAAAUACAGAAUAUAUCACCUGAUCCUCGCAUUCUGGCCGUUAUAACGAAACAAGCUAAUUUAUUACUGGAAGGUGGACCUCAGAGUGGAUUUGGUUCUGGUAUACAUCAUGAGAGUUAUCCUAUGCAUACGUUUGCUAGAUACCUAUUUACAACCUUGCUAGUCCAUGAUACAGAUUUAGCCUUUAAAAUAGGUACACGAGCUAUGAGGCUACCAGUUUUAGAGAAUACAGAAGAGCUAAACAAUGACGAGGGUGCUAAUAAUAUUGGAUCAGCCAUCUUGAGUCGGUUUCCACGUUGGUUUGUCUUGAGUCGUGUUGAAUCACAACAGUGUGAAUUGGCUUCAACUUUACUAGCUGCUGCAAAAGGUGAUAUAACAAGAUUACGGAAAGUUUUAGAAUGUGCUCAGAGACAUAUUCAUAGUUCUUCACAGUUGUUUAAACUAGCUCAGGAUGCUUUUAAAAUAGCCACACCUUCUGAUGGUCCAAAACAUCAAGCUACUCUUGAUGUCGCAUUCGAACUUGGGUUACAGGUCAUGAGAAUGACCUUGAUGACCUUGAACUGGCGACGACGGGAGAUGGUAAGGUGGUUAGUUACAUGUGCUACAGAAGUUGGAGUGAAAGCCCUUAUCUCGAUCAUUCAGAAUUGGUAUCAAUAUUUUGCUCCGAUAGAAGCUACUAGUACGGUAGCAUCUACAAUCAUGUCACCAGCCACUACAAUGCAACUGAACCUGACCUACCAUCAGAUGGAGGAAGUAGCCGAUUGUGCGCGAAAACUAGCUCUACAGUGUGCAACCAAAGAUCCUCAAAACUGUGCUUUAUGUUCUCUUACUCUGUGUGAAAAGGACACAAUGGCGUUCGAGACAGCUUACCAAAUAGUCAUAGAUGCUGCGGCUCACGUCAUGAAUUCCAGUCAGUUAUUUACUAUCGCAAGAUACAUGGAACAUCGUGGAUAUCCCAGCAGAGCGUACACACUUGCGUUAUUAGCCAUGAAAAAUUUACAAUUGGCCUACAAUCAAGACACACAUCCUGCAAUCAAUGAUAUCCACUGGGCGUGUGCUUUAAGUCAUUCUCUAGGAAAAAAUGAACUAUCGCGUAUGAUUCCGUUAUUGGUGGAAAAUGUGCAGUGUGCUACUGUUUUGUCAGACAUUUUACGACGUUGUACGCUGACGGCACCGGGGUUGGCAAGCCAUGACGGCAAACGACGCGUUAUUAAAUUAUUGUCAUAUGACAAACAACCUCUACGCCAGCUAAUGGACGCCACUAUGUAUGCUUACAUCAACACCACACAUUCCAAAUUAACACAUAUUAGUCCGCGACAUUAUGGAGAUUUUAUCGAGUUUCUGAGUAAAGCGAGGGAAACGUUUUUAUUAGCACAAGAUGGACAUAUUCAAUUUGCUCAGCUGAUAGAAAACAUGAAAUUAGUUUAUAAAGGAAAAAAGAAACUGAUGUACCUUAUUAAGGAGCGGUUUGGUUUGUGAAACUUUUUACAGCAUUAAUAAAUCGAUGGACACCAAUAUAAAAAAGAACAAUGAUAAUUUAUGAAUAAUUUUAAAUGUUACAGGGACCAUUUUAUUAUGAAGAGAAUUUUUGUCUCAGUGCUAUUAUUAAAAAAAACUUGCAUCGUAUGAACUUUUGUGUCAAAUUUGAAUGCAAUAAAUUUAUUAAGUGUUAUUAUGUAUGAAUAUUAUAUUAUUAUUAUUAUUUUUUUGUUAUGGGCGUUUUGUAAAAAGAACGAACCUGUAUUAUUUCAUUAUUUAGUGUGGCAUGAAAGAUUUUUUGUUAGUGUUUUUUUUUUUUUGUCCGUUGUUUAUUUUUGAAUUUGUUUGAAUUGAGAAUCAGUUCAUCAUGUUAAUGUUGUGUAUGAUAAUAUUGUAAGGUUAUACACGGACAUCUGUUUUAGUAAAUGUUGUUAAAGGUUCAUCAGAAAUUAUCACUAUAUUAAUGUUAUUGUCAAACAGUAUUUGAGAUAAUUAGCAAACACUAUUAUAUCUCACAUUGACAGGACAUUUACCCCGCCUUGUUCAUUAUACGUGGUUAAAAUACAGAUGUGACAUCACCCUUUGAUGUUGGCAUACCAUUAUUUCAAAAAAUCGUACGAGCAACUUGCCAAUCAUACAUUAUUUAUACUAAUGAAAUAUUGGACUCGCGUGACGUAUUUCACUGUUAAAGCACGUGCGGAGUGUCUGUAUUAAGACAUUGCGUAAUAUAUUUUAAAAACACUUGGGCCGUAGGCCCUCUUGUUGUUACAAUAUAUUACUUAAUGUCUUGCUCUCGACCAUUAAACAAUACAUAUAGCAUAGCUUUAGCAUUAGAGACAAUAUCUUAACUCCGAGAUGGGGCUCUCGCACUGUUGACAUGUAUAUGUUUACCCAACAUAUUUUUCAAAACUAUUUAGUCUAGUUUCCAUAUUGAAUUAAUUUCACCUGCCAUUUAGUUCAGCACAUGCAUAUAUUGAUAAAUUUAGAGCCUUACUUAAGUUUACAAAUAAUUUUACUUGUUAAGAAGAAAUUAAAUGCUUUAAGUACUCCAAUCAUCAAGGUGUCAAAUGUAUCUGUCAGUGUUACCAUACCAGAAAUUUAUUUAAAUCAAGAAUUAGUCCCUACUGUAGAAGUAUUAAUUCACCUUACACUCAUCAAUAAAUAUUGUCUUCUAAAUAUUCAAACUCUAACAUUUUCACGAUUUUAAGAAAUACAGGAUAAAUAUGAAAUCUAAGUUAGACAUUUUCUGUGGGAAAUUGAUCAUUUAAUAUUUUAGAAUUAUAUGAAUAAAUAAUUAUAGAUUUAGUAUCUUGAAAUGUGUAACCUCAUUCCCAAAUAGAUUAUUGUUGAAUAUGUUCCAUUUGUUUAUAUCUAUGACACAUGGGGGUGGGGGGUAUCCGAAUGGUUAACAAGUGCGUGUUGCAUCAUUUGGUCUGUCAUUGAGUCAAGUGGCAUGGAUUCGACUCGCUGCUUGCACGUGACGAGGAAUAGGAUCGCCUGUCCAACCUUGUGAGUUUUCUCUGGGUCCUCCCGUUUCCUUCCACUGCUAAAGACGUGCAUGCAAAUUAAUGAAAUAAAAUUGAACUAUAUGUUAGUCCCGAAAUGACCUAGUUUGUGUGGAGUGGAGCUUAUCCUCUCUCUCUCUCUCUCUCUCUCUCACACACAUUUUCCUCAAUCUUACUGGCUGGCUUUUAGGAAUUUCUUAUAUCAAUAUUGGAUAAUGUUUUAUACUAAUAUCAUGCUUAUUGUCUGGCUCUUUAUGUUAAAGUCUUAGUUAAUCUGAAUUUUGACUAAAGUAUGAUAUACAAGGUUAAAGUCUUAGUUAAUCUGAAUUUUGACUAAAGUAUGAUAUACAAGGUUAAAGUAUUGAGUAACCUGAACUUUGACUAAAGUAUGAUAUACAAGGUUAAAGUCUUGGUUAAUCUGAAAUUUGACUCAAGUAUGAUAUACAAGGUCUGGAUGAAAACGGAACUUUAACUGUUCUUUAAAAUAAUAGCUGUUCUGUGAAGAAUACGAACAAGAUUACCUCUAAAACUACCGGCCAUGGAUUACAGUCUAGCACAUAUAAAAAUGUGGCUUCAGUGAUAGUGUUGCAUAGACUCAUUAUGUUACUAAAAUUUAUAAAUACAUUUAUUAGGUGGUUAAAAUCAAGUCAUAAUUUAAUAUUAUUUAUAUACACACUAUCUACCUUAUCAUCCUCGAUAAUUUAUUGUAUCUCGUUAGACCCUUCUACUCUGUGUGCAUUUUAUUUUUUAUGGCAGUUGUUAAACUGAUUGAUUGGUUGGUUCUCGUUUUCAGACCCCAUGGGAGUAUCAGCUUAAACCCUCAUAAAAAAAUCCCUUUAAAUAUGAUCGCAAGCCUUAAGUGUUAUCUGGCGAGAUACAAUGGUUUAGCAAGAAUAGGUUUUAUAAUGUAGUUAUAACUUCCUAUAAUUAGAGCAAUAACAAGCCCUUUAUAUCUCAGGUUUAUAUAGCUAUUAUAUAUUAUACAAAUAAACACUAGCAUUAGCACUUUCACCUGGAUAAUAAUUCAAAAUAAAAUACAUCAUUUAUCUCAAAUCUUAUAGUAAGGCACAAGGGGAAUAUUUAAGCUCCUUGGAAUUUUAAAACUUCUAUAACUCAUGAAUGGAUUGACCAAUUUCUCUUGACUUUUGCAUACCAUCUAAUUUGAACAUCUAUGAGUUUAUGAUAGAUUUUUACCGGCUUAUAAUGAUUUUGUACUCUUUGAAGGGAGUCUUGUGUUUUUCUACUCUUUCAUGAAACACAUGUAUAACAACAUUCAUAAAGUAUGCAUCUUGGAAUUCAAUCUUAGAAUCAUUUUAAGAUCUCCAAAUAACAACAGUAAUUAAAUUAUUUUGAAAAAAAAAAUUGUGGUAUUUUCCUUGAAAUUAUCUUUCAUGUGCUACAAAGUGAUAUUAAAAGAAUUGCCAAUGUUUAAAGAAUAAAGGUUAAUGAUGAAACUUGCUUAUUUUGAAUUUAUUAUAUGAACCUGUUAUGUAAUAGAAAUUAAAAUGCUUUGAACUUAAAAACAUAUUAUCUAUGAACCUGGUGUGUAAUUAUGAAUUAAAAUAUUUUGAACUAGGAAAUCUUAAAUGAUAUAAAAUGCAACUAGAAUUCUGGUGAAUAUCUAACCUCACAUUAUAAUUUAUUAGAUUUGUUCACCCUCUAUUUUUGUUCUUAUUUCCAUUGCAGCAAAUUUUGAGACAUGCAAAAUUAAUAAUAAAUUUUUGAAAUAUGAAUGAACAUAGUAUUAUAUAUCCAUUUAUGUAUGUAUUUAUUUAUCCUAAUCGGGGGAAAGUCGUUCUGUUUCUCUAUGGUUUUCAUGUACAUGUACCCUACAGACUAAUGCGCUUUUAUUUGUAUAUCUUCACUGUGUCAAGUGUUCUUUGUCCUACAAAAUAUUCAUCAUUGAUUGUACUGAGUUGUCUGCCCAUAAGUUAUGAAUUGACACCUAGCAACUAUAAUAAGAUUUAUCAUACUAUCAUGUGCUCAUUGCUGAUAUCAUUCCAAUCAUAAUAAGCUCUAAUUUGUUGUUAGGAAAUUGUUGUUGUGACUAGUAAAUAGGAAAUGCGGAAGGAUGAAAAGAUCAUAUGCAAGAUAAUAGGCCUAUUUGUAGUAUUUUCAUGAUAAUUUCUUGUAGUUCAAAUGAACACUAAAGAUUGAGAUGAGCACGGAAAACCACUUGAGUUAACUUCACUGUGACAUAUGGUUAACAGUUCAAUACAUUUGUUCACUUGAUCAAUCAAUAGUUUUAAAACUCGAGUAAAACUUAUUGUCAUGGCCUGUGGAACAUAUGUAGAGUACAAGUAGCCACAGAUAUUUGUGUGGGGUCGGAGGUGUUAGAUGGCCUAAUGGUUAGUGCCUGCGCACUGUAUCAUAAGGUCGGUCAUUGAGUCAACUGGCAUGGUUUUGAUUUCCCGGUUGUACAAGAAAUAGGGUUGCAGUCCAACCUCGUGGGUUUUCUCCAGGUUCCCGAUUCCUCCCACUGCUAAAGACCCCUACGCACAAGUGAAUUAUUGAAAUAAAAUUGAACCAUAUGUUAGUCCCAAAAUAACCUGAUUUGUGUUGAGUGGACGUUAAACCCCAUUUCUCUCUCUCUCUCUCGUUUGGAUUCUGAGACUAAAACAAGACUAGUUUUAGCUGAGUGUAGUAUAUCAACUAAUGUAGGCUAUUUGUACAUGAACUUUAUAAUUGUAUUGUUUGUUUUUCUCAAUUUGCCUCUGAUUUUAACAUUUUUUUGUGUGAUUUUUUUUGUUGAAACUGAAUUCUCUAAAUUAAUCUUCCUUGUGCACAUUCUACCUCAAUGUCUUUUACAUGAUGCAUAAUCUCUUUUCUUUAAUAAAGUCUCUUUCAGUUUAUAGUUUUAACUGUCUAGGCCAUUCAGUUUUAGCAAUCAAAAUAAACCAGUCUUCUCAACUCAAAUCUUUAUCUGUAAUUUUCGCUAUGUUUCCAUAUCAUUUAGAGAAAGAUGGAACAUCUUCAAUUUGGCUUGAUAAUUAUGGGGGCUGUAAUAUGUCCCUUCUAUUCUAAUAGUGUAUUUUUUACAAAUAUUCUUUCAUGUGAGAAAAUUAAAAUUGUAAGAGCACUUGUCAAGUUUUGAUUGCCAAACCUAACGACUGAGACAGAAAAAUUUGGUCUCACAAGGCAGCAUUAAGAAAUGCUAAGGGAAUUUAUUCCGUCAUGGCCAAAUUGUGACCUGAUUUUCAGGGAUUUAGACAUUUAAAAAAAAACAAUCUGAAGCAUAUAUUUGUUCAUUAUAGUUUGAUUCAUCCAGACCCAUAAUAUUUAGCCAGGUCUGUCGGACAAAUAUGUUUUAUAUAUGAACUUCAAUGGUUAUGCAUAUGUAAGCAAUAAAUUGGGUAUAUUCUAAUAUGACUGAACCUGUUUGAGACCGUUGUUUUCAAGAUUAUAUCUUCUAAUAAAUGUUUUGUUAUAUUAUUAUAUGUUAUAUUUAUUGGGAAUAUGUCGGAUUUAACAACAAAUUUCUUCAUUUGAUAUAUAAAAGGAUAUUAUGAAAAAUAAAACUGAAAAAUUUAUAUCUUAAAGAUAAAGUUUCAUCAAUAUGUGGUCUAUUUUAUAGUUGAAUUAAGCAUCUUAGACAUUUUACAUUAAACCCCCUGGACCUCUUCUUUAUUACUUAAUAUUAUUUUUCAAUCUAUAUUAUGAUCUCUCCUUACCCUCCCUCACUAAAACAAACCCCUUAGCAUUCCUACCCCCAGUAUCUUAUUAAAUGCCCAUAACUUUUUUCUAGUAAUAGGUUUUGUUCAAAAUUCCUCUCCUCACUGUAAGUCUUCUAAGUGUUGAAUGUCCCUAAGUAUCCAUUGUGUCUAUCUUUUCCCCUUUCUUUUCAUAAAUUAAUUUACAACAAUCCCCACAUUCAUAACCUGUAUAAAUCAUUAGAUUAUAGAAAACUUUGUAAUUUAUGAAUAAUUACUGGAUUGUUUCACAAUAUUAAUAAUUAUUUAUAUAAUACAGUAAGACCUCACAACUAAGGCCAUAAUAACUAUGGUCCUAAGAGCAAGGCUUAGUUAAAAAAAUUGUAUGGAUAUGAUGGUGUAUUUAAUGAUAUAUGGUAAAGAAAAAAGAUUUUUACCAUUUGUGUGACGUGAAUGUUGUGGUAUGUGCUUUGAUCUAUUUUGUAAAAAGAGAACGAUUAUCAAUGCCAAUGAAUAAAUAUUAUGAAAACUAAAUGUAUGUGUGAUGUAUUAAUUAAAGAACUAUCAAUGUACAGUUUGAGCGAAUGAUUCAAAGAGAUUAUUUCACUGUUAUAUGUUUGAUAUCAUGAAAUGUCUGUCUGUCUGCCUGUCUGUAUAGAGCAUAAAUAAAAAAUGUGACAUAUUCUGA